AAGCACCUGAUGAACCACGUGACAAACUCACGAGUAGGCGUGUAGACGUUCAACUUUGAGCUUUCAAGACAACAAGCACCUACCUAAUCUACCUCGUUUUAGCUCAAAAUAAAGUCAUGUCAUCUCGCCGAGCAUUGCAUUUUGUCUUCAAGGUUGGGGACCGAACGAAAACCGCCGAGUUUUAUCGGGAUGUGCUGGGAAUGCAGUUUUUGAGGCAUGAGGAAUUUGAAGAAGGCUGCAAGGCCACCUGUAAUGGACCAUACGACGGCAAGUGGAGCAAAUCCAUGGUGGGCUAUGGAGCGGAGGACAGUCAUUUUGUGACCGAGUUGACGUACAACUACGGCAUUAAGGAGUACAGGCUGGGCAAUGACUUUCAGGGCAUCACCAUACAGUCCAACAAGGCUGUGCAGAAUGCGCGAAGCAAGAACUGGCCCUUGCUCCCUGUAUCUGAUGGAGUCUACAGUGUAGAGGCUCCUGGUGGAUAUAAGUUUUUUCUCCUAGACCAACCACCACCAGCAGGAGAUCCGGUCAAGAAGGUGACCGUUGGAGUUUCGAACCUUGCAAAGUCAACUGAUUACUGGACCAAGCUUUGUGGCAUGACGCUGUACGAGCAGACGACAAAUACGGCAUUGUUGGGCUUUGGGGACAGCCAGUGCAAACUGGAGCUGAAGGACGCAGGGGGCGCCAUCGACCGAGGCACGGCGUACGGACGCAUCGCUUUUGCCUGCCCACGAGACCAGCUUCCCGGUAUCGAAAGUUCUAUGAAGUCGGCCGAUCAAACGAUCGUCACUCCACUUAUUAGUUUGGACACGCCGGGCAAAGCAACCGUUGAAGUCGUCAUUCUGGCAGACCCAGAUGGUCUUGAGAUUUGUUUUGUCGGAGAUGAAGCUUUCAGGGAGCUUUCGCAGGUCGACCCCAAAGCGGACCAACUCUUAGAUGAGGGGAUCAAGGCAGACAAAAGUGAUGAGUAUUUCGCGAAGCACCCAGAGAGGAAGGGAGUUGCUAAAUAAACUAGAGAUUUUCUCUUAUGUUUGCUUUUUGUUUUUUGGUGACUUCUAUUUCAUAGUGUUGCAUGUAGUAUUAUUAUUAUAA